GGGGUCGUAAAGUGCGGUCACUGGGGUUCGCGUCGCUGCUACGCAGCGGCAGGCGCUGGGAGUGACCAAGUGCUCAGCUGAUUUGGUUGCCUGCGUCUCACUGUUGGAAGUGGGGGAUUAUUUGGGGAGGGCUCCUGGUUUUGUGUAUUUUUGAGAAGAAUGUAGAUAGUCCUUUCCUGGAACGGGAGAGCGGCCCGGUCCUAGUGCCCGCUAAUACUAGGGGCUGUGGAGCGGACGGAGGUUGUGGCCCUACCUAAGCGUGACCUCGCUCCGCGAAGCCGCCCGCGGGGCGCUGAUGGCCGAACGCAUUCUGGGAAAGACUUUAGCCACGGUGUCUCUCUCUGUGGCCUUGGCCUCUGUGACUGUCAAGUCCUCGGGCUGUUGCAGCAUUCCGGCGUGCAGAAACUCAUUUUUAUCCUGUGGGUUUCAUCUUAACUCCAACAUCAUGUCUAGUUCUAAUGGUGCCAAAGAGAAUUCGCACAACAAGGCUCGAACAUCUCCGUAUCCUGGUUCAAAAGUCCAGCGCAGCCAGGUUCCAAAUGAGAAAGUAGGAUGGUUUGUUGAGUGGCAAGACUAUAAUCCUGUGGAAUACACUGCUGUCUCUGUCUUGGCAGGACCCAGGUGGGCCGAUCCUCAGAUCAGUGAAAGUAACUUCUUUCCCAAGUUUAAUGAAAAGGAUGGGCAUGUUGAGAGAAAGAGCCAGAAUGGUCUAUAUGAGAUUGAAAAUGGAAGACCCAGAAAUCCUGCAGGACGGACAGGACUGAUUGGCCGGGGGCUUUUGGGGCGAUGGGGCCCAAAUCAUGCUGCAGAUCCCAUCAUAACCAGGUGGAAAAGGGAUAGAAGUGGAAAUAAAAUUACCCACCCUGUUUCUGGGAAAAACAUCUUACAGUUUGUGGCAAUAAAAAGGAAAGACUGUGGAGAAUGGGCAAUCCCAGGGGGGAUGGUGGACCCAGGAGAGAAGAUUAGUACUACACUGAAAAGAGAAUUUGGUGAAGAAGCUCUCAACUCCUUACAGAAAUCCAGUGCAGAAAAGAGAGAAUUAGAGGAACAGUUGCACAAACUCUUCAGCCAGGAACAUCUAGUGAUAUAUAAAGGAUAUGUCGAUGAUCCUCGAAACACUGAUAAUGCAUGGAUGGAGACAGAAGCUGUGAACUACCAUGAUGAAACAGCUUCCACGGGUCCUUCUGUCGUAACAGACUGGCAGCUUGCUCAAGGAAUUGACCAGUGAAAGAAAGUGAAUCCCUUCGUAUUUGUAGAGCUGUCCAUCCCGGUGUGUAUGCAAGAAUAUGUAAGUCAAACACUGUCCCAAUGUUUGCUUAGGCAAGAACAAUACCUGAGGUGGUGUUUGUUUCUUAAGGGUGACUCUUCCAAGUUUCUGACUUAACUAGGAUUCCUGGGAGAAUCCUGGGCUAUGAAGGUAUGGCAGGUCUAGAAGUUAUUCUGUCAGAAUUCUUUCCAGGAUAUAGGUUGUGGCCAAGAGUACUUCUAAAAAUUUUCCAAAAAAGAAAGUAUAAAUAGGUAUUAAGUGUCCAGAUCUGGUAAUGUGAAUGAGUCCUGUAUCUGAGGAGUAUAUUUGCACUGGAAGAGACCUGGGAGGUAAACCGAUACCUUUACCCAGGGUCACACAGCUAAUUUAAUUGUAAAAGAGAUUUAAAUCAAGAGAGAAAUUAGAAUCUAAGAGAGGUUUGAAUCUAGGCUUUCCAACCACAGGCCAGUGCUCUUUCUGCAGGUUUUGAUAUAAAGGUGAACUUGCCAAUUUUGUAAUCGUUAAUGAUUAAUCAUUGAAGGCAGUUUCCUAAAACAUUUUUCGUUAGAAAUAUGCUAGAGUUUUUAUUGUCUGCCAUUUGGAAAUGGACUAUAACAUUGCUUAAACAGAGUGGAUUAUGGGAAGAGCACUAGCACUUGAACUCAAGAGACUUAGGUUCUUAUUGAUUAGACUCAGAAGCUUGUUUGGUCUCAAGUUUCUGGGACACUUAAAUAUUCCUCAAGAUGGUUGGCUUUAAAUAGUCUCAAAUCCUGAAAAAUUUUAUCUCCGGCACACGAAUGAUUUAGGCCUAAGUUUCUGACAUUUUUACAAAAUACUGCCAUGUCCCUGAUUCUAAGAUACACCAAUUGUAAAAUGUACCAUUUUAAAUGAUAGUAUUUUAAAGAAAAAAGAAAUCUUAGAAUAAAUGUAUCUGUUGUGAGAUGUGUCUUGAUUUCAGAAAAUGUUUAAGUAUGAAAAUACUUUGUUUUUAGAUAAGGAAAUGGAAUUUUCCAGUGUUAUCUUUUGUAACUCCACUCAAGUAUUUCUCCUCUGUUUUCAUGAACUAAUAUUCUGAAUAACUUACUGUAUCAAUAAAGGGCCUUAUUAAAAAAUUGAAUUGUGUGCCUUUCAUCCAAAAAAAAAGCAGCAUUAUCUAUUGGAACUUAGCUUUGAUAAUCUUUAAUGUAUAAUGUGUUUAUGCUAAUGCUUCAUUAGUGAAGAAAUAAGUCUUUUUCAUUUCUCCAAAAGGAAUUUAUUCUGUAAGUCUAAGUCUUUUGACUCUUCACUUUCACCCUCAUCAGUGAUGGAAAAGGUUGUUUUGUCAAUUUAUAGUUUGUAUGAAUUGAAUAAUGAAUGUAGCACUGUUUGUUUGUAGAAUGUAGAAAUGAACUGAGAUUGUUUUUUGACUUUGAAUUUAAUAGCUGUGAUUUAUUUUGUUUCCAAAUGAAUUAGACUAAUAAAGACAAAUUUUUAUGAUGA